CAGCGCUAACAAGAUGGAUAGUACCUUGCCAGCAGUAGCAGAAGAGCUUUUGCAAGAGAUCAAAAAGGCUUUUCGGGAGACCUCACACGCUAUAAACCAGUGGCACCCUGCAAGACUGUGCUGGGAAAAGAACAUUUUUAAAGCUUUAAUGCCAGAGUUCUCAACUCAUGCCAAGAGACUUCCAGGGAACCCAAUAAAUACAUAUUCAGCCAAACUCUUAAAGUGGCAGAGGAAGAUGUUGAGGGAGCAUGCCUGUCCUUGCAUGCUUUAAAAUCCCAGACGACCUGCUGCUGGGGCUGAAGUUCAUCUUUGGCCCAUCUGCUGUCCCAGCGUUGGACCUGGUGGAUCAGUGUUCUGUCACCCGCCUCAGCUCUCCCAGUGGAAGGACUGUAUACCAGGUCCUUGGGAGCUCAGGCAAACUCUACACCUGCUACAGUUCCUGCCACUUCUGCACGUGUCCUGCUUUUGGUUUUAGUGUAUUGCAGAAGAGUGAAAGCCUUCUGUGCAAACAUAUACUGGCUGUCUACCUCAGUCAGGCCAUGGGAGCCUGCCAGGAGCUAACUGUGUCUGAGGAGCAGCUCACAAGCAUCCUACUGGCUGAGGAAGAGGAUGAAGGAUGAAGGGUUUGGAUUCUGUGUACCCUCCCAGCUCUGUGGCUGUCAUUUUUCACGUCCUCAAGACUGUCAAAUGCUCAUGGUGGCUGGUAGGUUCCUUCCUGUGCUGCAGCCAAGCACACUAAUUAAUAGUAGCCUUGCACUGAUAGAUUCAUUAAUAAAUGUUAA